GACAGUUCUAAGUGCAGAAAAUUUUCCUACGCGUAUCGCGUAAGAAAAGUUGAUGAGUGAUUUUUAAAGAGAAAUCAUUCAAAUAAUUUCUUGCAAUAUAUUUGUGCGAGUGUGCUAGUUAUGAUUCGUAUCAUUUGAGAAAAGUUUUGCAUGUAAUGUAAAAUGGUUCAAUGUUUAUAGUCAAUACUUUUUACAACAGUAAAUAAUUUCCUUAUCAGUUUAUCUUUCUUAUCAGUAAACCACUGAACCCGUGAGAAAGGUUGCAAUAAUCCAACGACAAUGUUUCAGUCGUCCACCGCGCCGAACCGGAAGGUGGCGAAGGGAAAGGUACUCGAUCCGGACAUUGAUUAUUCAAAGGUGAAAAGCGUGCACAGCAUCUCAUCCUGGUGGGGAAUCGGUGGAAUCGCAAUGAUUCUUUUGAUCGGUAAUCUAACCAGCUAUAGCAAUUCACAUUUGCCGGAUGCACUGAGAAACUCACAUCUCGCUUCCUUCCCAAACGCAUUCAUCGCCGAACGCGCCUACAAGGACCUCAAAAUCUUGAAUGAUUUUGGUCCCAAACCAACUGGAAGCUACGCAAACGAGGUGUUGGCGGUGGACUUUUUGCUGCGCGAAAUAUCCUAUAUUGAACAGCUCAGGAACAAGAAUCAAAAUCUGCAGGUGGAUAAACAAAUUGUGUCUGGGGGUUACGUUGGCGUGUACAUGAACAAAUCGGCAACCAGCGUGUACCGGAAUGUACAGAACGUCAUCGUUAAGCUGGCCGGCAAGAACUCGGAUCAAGCUUUGCUACUUAAUUGCCAUUUUGAUUCGGUAGCUACUAGUCCUGGAGCAAGCGACGACCUGUCAGGAUGUGCAGUAAUGCUGGAAAUAUUACGUGUAAUGUCUCGUCAAUCGGAGAUCAAUCAAAACUCGAUUCUGUUCCUAUUCAACGGAGCUGAGGAAACGCCUCUGCAAGCUAGCCACGGAUUCAUCACUAAGCAUCGCUGGGCCAAAGAAGUUAAAGCCUUUAUCAACCUCGAGUCGGCAGGUUCCGGAGGCAAAGAAAUGCUCUUCCAAAGUGGUCCCCGCAAUCCCUGGCUCAUCGAGAUGUACGCCAAAGCCAUCAUGUAUCCGUUCGCGCAGGCAGCGGCCGAAGAGGUCUUCCAAUCUGGCGUUAUCCCGUCCGACACGGAUUUCAGGGUGUUCCGCGAUGCCGGUGGCGUACCCGGAAUGGACUUUGCGUACACGGCGAACGGCUACCGCUACCACACCAAGUACGACUCGAUCGAUUACAUCCCAAUGGCGGUUCUGCAGCGCACCGGCGACAACAUCCUGUCCCUUACCCGCACGAUGGCCAACUCGGACAAGCUUGGCCAGCAGGGUCAGAACCGGGAACACACCGUCUACUUCGACUUUCUUGGUCUCAUUUUCAUCUUUUACUCCGCCGACACCGCGUUCAUGAUAAACCUGUCGGUUGUUCUGCUCUCCAUCAUAAUCCCGUUCCUGUCGCUGGCCAGGCUAGGAUCCACGAGCGGAAGUCACGGCCGGCAGAUUCGGUCGGAAACGAUGAUCGGAUUUGUGGCGACUUUCCUCGGAGCCGGAGUUGGUGGGGUUGUAUGCUUCCUGCUCGCGUACCAGCUAGAUCUGCUGGGCAGUUCAAUGUCCUGGUACUCGUCGACGAACUUGGUGCUCGGAGUGUACUGCUGCCCAGCGUUGCUCAGUCACUGUAUUGUCCACAUGCUGUGCGGGAAUGUCUUCGGUAGCAAAACGACCCCCCUCAGUCUGGCCCUGAAGGUGCAGGCCCGUCUCAACGGCGUCAAUCUCUUUUGGGGCAUGAUCACGCUUGGCGUCACCUUCACCGGCUAUCGCACUGCGUACAUCUUCAUGAUUCUGAUCUUCUUUUCGCUCCUGUCGAGCACGCUGAUUUCUAUGUUUGCCGUGCAAAACUCCGUCCACAAGUGGCUGUUCAUUCACAUGUUCUUCCAAGUGUUUGCCCUGCUGUGGAGCACACAGUUCUACCACAUGAUGCUGAACCUGUUCAUUCCGAUAACGGGCCGCAUCGGGGCCUCGAUAAAUCCAGAUCUGAUCAUCGGCGUGAUGGCCAACUUUCUGACCCUGCUCGCUUGCAGCUACAUGACCCCGCUGCUGUUUUUGCUCAAGAAGGUAGACAAGCUGGUGGGCGAGCUGGUGGCCAUUACGUUGAUCGCGUUCGUCCUGGCCUCGUCAACGCACGUGGGCUUCCCGUACCGGGAUGAUACGCUGCGGUCCCCGUCCGUUCAGCGGCACUACAUCACGCACACACUUCGCACAUUCCACGACUACAGCGGCGGCAUCCGAAAGACCGAUUCAGGCUUCUUGCUACAGGAACUCGACCGCAACGCGAGGAAGACCAUCGAGGGCAUCGCCAUGCCGGACAACAUCACACCGAUGAGGGAGAUUCCCGCCUGCGAGACGGAACUGUUUUGCGCCAUUCCGUUCUACUCGAUUUGGCACCAGGUGCUGUUCGAAAACUACUGGAUUCCGGGACCGCAACCGUUGGUCCACUCUUCCGUGCGGUGUCUGCUUCGUCGCAAGGAGCAAACAGCUCGCCACGAGCACAAACUGCAACUUCAGCUGCAGGGUGACCAUCAAAGCGCACUGGUAAUCGGACCGCGGGCAGGGACUACGCUGCAGGGUUGGGACAUCGUUGAUGAACUAGCCGAUCCGAUCGAGUUUAACGGCCAGCGGGGCUACUUUGUGCUGAUAGCUACCGGCAGCAACCCGGGACCGAUGAACAUUACGCUGCAGCUGAAGCACGAAAUCGCCAACUACGACGGCCCGCUGGUGGACAUUACCGUCACGACGACCUUCUGGGAGCAUCAGAAGCACUUUACGCCGGUGUUCAACAAGCUGCUGACGCGCGUUCCCAGCUGGGCACACGUGGUGCCAUCGGUUGCGGCCGUCAACGGGUACACGUUUUAGGGUGAUUUCCUCCCCCUUUUUCCUAAACUGAGCUCAGAAUUACUAUUAAAAUUUGAAGAAAAAAAACUUGUUCCACAGCUAGAUUUCCAAUUUUCAAGCAAUACGCGCAGAACUAGGUGAUAAGCUAAAGUGUUAAAUCUGGAUCAUCUCAACUUGAUAUUAAAUUAUUCCUUUAAAUUAAUGAAGCAAUAUAAGCGCACGGUUUUGAUGACCCCUUACUAGAAGUAGUAAUGUACUUAGUGCUACAGAUAUUAAACGAUGCACACGAAGGCGUGUUGCCUUGAAAGCAGUACGAACAAAGCUUAAAGUUAGUUUGAAUACACUAAACUUUAUUCACUAGUCGGUGAUAAGACCAGUUUCUCUUAUAGGAUAACCCCUUUCUCUAAGCAUUCGAAUUUCGUUGAUAAAUCCAAAACCGCUAAAAGUAUAACUUACAAGCUUUUAAUUACUAAA